CUAAAUUUGUCAACAAAUACAUGCUUUUUUUGCCGGUCUGCCGUGAAAAAUCAAGGAAAAAUGGGAAAACAAACGAUAAUUUGGUACAAGGAGCACGUCACCGACCUGCGAGAGCAAAUGCAGAUGAACAAAGCCCAGAAAUUCGAUUCAGUUGUUGUCAAUAUCACGCAUCCCCUGUUUAAACGUGAGUUUGAAAAAGAAAAACUGCGAGACGAGCAUCAAUUAUUCACGAGAUCCGAUUUAAUUUUGUCUCCAUCGGAAUGGUUGGAUCAAGUUGUCUUGAAAUUAAGUAGCGAUUUGGAACUCGAUUCGGAAGACGAUGCCAUUCGGAAGCACAGCGAAAAGGUUCUCAUGCAAGAAUUGAACAUGGCAUCGCAUCUCAUACAGAACGGAUAUGUCUUGAUGGAGCUAAAACCGGGAAAUUCCACGAAUUUAGCACGAAGUAUCAUGCAGAGCUCGAAAUGUGUCAUUUUGGUGGAACUUCCGAUGACCGACAUUCGUUUAACGACCUUGUCGCGGCGCAAGGACUUGAACACGGAAGAACUUCUUGGAGAAGAUCCGUGGGAACGAUGGAACCGAUUUCGUUGUCAUGCUGAUUUUUCGUCGAAAAUUCGUCUGUCAUUGACUUUAACGGAAGACCUUCCGAGUACGGAAGAGAUUAAACGAUGGCUGGGCGAACCUGUUGAAUGCAUCAACAUUCCGGAUUACUUAUUCCUGCGAAAUCACCAGAAUUAUCCAGUUUUGUCGCGACCGCAUCAACAAAUUCUCGCACAAUUCCUCAAAUUUAACGUGCAUCUCAUGAUUCAAACGAAUGACGAGUAUAAUCAGCAUUAUGUGGAAUAUCUCGACUACUUGGCACGACAAAAAUUCAAAAGAAACGACAUGAUGGCUGGCUUUGAUGAUUUGUUACAGAUCCCGUUGCAACCGUUGUACGAUAAUUUGGAUAGUUACACGUAUGAAGUCUUCGAAAAGGAUCCCGUCAAAUACAAAAAGUACCAAGAAGCUGUCGAAGCUGCGUUAGUAGAUCGUGUUUCGGACAAGGACCUUCCUUCAAAAGUGUCGGUGGUGAUGAUUGUAGGUGCCGGACGAGGUCCGUUGGUGCGUGCCGUAAUAAAUGCUUCGAAAAAGACCGGACGUAAAGUCAGAAUUUACAUAAUUGAGAAAAAUCCGAAUGCCAUCAUAACUCUCCAUUCGUUGCGCAACGAAAUCUGGAAGGAUGCCGACAUUCAAAUCUUCUCCAAGGACAUGCGGGAAUGUGAACCGCCCGAAAAAGCGGAUAUUAUUGUGUCAGAAUUACUUGGCUCCUUUGGCGACAACGAAUUAUCACCAGAAUGCCUUGAUGGCGCACAAAAACUGCUGAAACCCGAUGGAAUUAGUAUCCCAUGUAGCUCGACGUCCUUCGUUAAUCCCGUGAUGUCGAGUAAACUCUACAAUGCCAUCCGUUUGAUUGACCGCAUGUACCAUCCGCGCGACAAGAAUGCCAGUGUCGUUGCCAAUUUCGAGAAUAAUUACGUGGUUUAUCCGAAAAAUGUGUAUCACAUCGACGAUCCGAAACCGUUGUUCACUUUUGUACAUCCCAAUCACGAAAAUUUAAUUGAUAACUCGCGUUUUGCUUCACUGGAGUUCACGUCGAAGGUACAUUGUGUGCUUCACGGGUUCAUUGGGUACUUUGAAACGGUUCUCUACAAGGAUAUAAUUUUGAGUAUCAAUCCUUUUACUCAUACUGCGGGCCUUUCGUCGUGGUUCAGCUUUUUGCUGCCCAUUACCGAGCCUCAACAAAUUGCUGCCGGACAAAAAAUCACAGCAAACUUUUGGCGAUGCACUUCCAGUCACAAAGUUUGGUACGAAUGGAGUGUUUCGUCGCCCCAAAUUUCGCACAUUCACAAUUCGGGCGGUCGAUUCUGCCCAAUUUACAAGUAAAAGAAAGAAAGAAUAUUUUGAAAAAAUUGAAUAAAUGAAUGACCAAUUUUUAAAGUUACUUUUCUAA